ACAUUGAUCUCGCCGCCAUGUCGGAGCAGUCGCGCACCUCUCCCGCCGCCGCCCACCCGGGGGUUAUUGGCUUUCUGCGGCACCAGAUCAAGCAUCGCCCCAGUCUCAUUCCACUCUUCCUGAUCAUGGGGACGGCAGUAACUGGCGCGGGACUGUACCUUCUCCGUCUUGCUUUGGUCUGCCCGGAGGUCAGCUGGGACAGGAAGAAUAACCCGGAACCUUGGAACCAAUUAGACCCUACUCACCGUUAUAAGUUCUUUGCCAUAAAUAUGGACUACAGCAAGUUGGAAAAAGACCGUCCCGACUUCUAAAGCAUGGAACGUCCCAAACGUCCUCUUAAAAGCUGUACACAAAGCGAAGGUCUUCAGGUCUUCCAGAAGCUGACCGCACAACGCAUUGUUGAUAAUCCGGGAAAUACAUAUUGAUGUGCAUUGCGCUUAAAAUGAUGUUGUGGAAAAGUGCAUGCAGAAACUUAAUAAAUCGACAACUUGAAA